CAACAGAUUUGUCCUCUUUCUGUUUUACAGUGUUCCGUGAUAGGAUAUGCCACAGUUUCUUUAUCCACCCACCCACUGCAAGGUCUUUGGAUUGUUUUCUUCUGGUUUUGGCAAUCACAAAUAGAGCAGCUAUAAACACAUGCAUAAGUUUUUGUGUGAACCUAAAUUUUUGUUUUUCUAGGGUAAUUGCCUAGUUGGGGAGAUGUUGGUAUAUAUAGCAGUUUCUUGUGACUUUUCCCUCAAGCCGACCACCCACCUAUCAGAACAGCACACUUCAAACCUACGCCCUUACUAAAAGAACAUGGCCAAGGGCGGGAAAGGCCCUAAGGGCAAGAAGAUCACCCUCAAAGUGGCCAAGAAUUGUAUCAAAAUCACAUUUGAUGGGAGAAAACGCCUUGACUUGAGCAAGAUGGGAAUUACCAAUUUCCCCAAGUGUAUCCUGAGACUAAAUGAUGUGGAUGAGCUCGACCUUAGCCGGAAUAUGAUCAGAAAAAUCCCUGAAUCAAUCUCCAAGUUCCAGAACCUGCGGUGGCUGGACCUGCACAGCAACUAUAUUGACAAGCUUCCUGAGUCCCUCGGCCAGAUGACGACUCUGCUCUACCUCAAUGUCAGCAACAACAGGCUCAUCACCAAUGGGCUGCCUGCGGAGCUCAAUCAGCUCAAGAAUAUCCGCACCUUGAACCUAGGCCUAAACCACCUGGACAGUGUGCCCACCACCCUGGGUGCUCUGAAGGAGCUCCAUGAGGUGGGGCUCUAUGACAACCUGCUGACCAGCAUCCCCAACAGCAUCUCCAAGCUCCCCAAGCUCAAAAAGCUCAACAUAAAGCGAAAUCCCUUUCCCAAGUCGGAGGAGUCAGACACAUUCCUAGAUACCAUCAAGAGGCUGGACAACUUAUAUCUGGUGGAAGACAAAGAUCUUUGUUCAAAUUGCCUGAGAAAAUGCCAACAGGCCCGGGACAAGCUGAACAAAAUCAAGAAUAUUGCCACGGGAGCACCGAAAAAGGCCAUCUUUUCCAAUUUGGUCUCACCCAACUCCAUGGCCAAGGAUUCCCAGGAAGACUGGAGGAUCCGUUCAACAUCUCCCUAGAGUAGUUUAUGGCAAAAACUUGAAGACUAAUCAGCCAACAAGGAUAAACGACUCUGAAGAAGAAAAGCCCUCGGUUAGGAGAAGAAAGAGAGUGGUAAGGGGAACAUUCUGGAAGCUAGGCCUUGUGGUGCUGGCCAAGAUACUGACUUGCUUCUUAAAUUCACUUUGUCUCUCUUUGCUUUAGACCAUUUAUGUGUCAAAAUGACUUUGGGAAAUAUUUGGUGAAUUUUUUUUACAUAUAUAGAGGAAAUGUUUAAGAAAAUGAUAGACAUAAGUCACAGAAAAUUAAAGCUUUAUAAGAAGACUUUAAGACUUAAAAGACUUAUGGUCUUUAUACUCAAACUGGUAAAGUCUCUACGCCAGUCGCCUAUGGUAAGUUAUGUAUGUAUAAAGCAAUCCAUCAAGCAACUAAAAUUUAUACAAAAUAUUUACACAAAGAUAUAUACUCAAAAGUAUUGUAGAUAAAUCAAAGUAGAAUUUUAACAAAUUUUUCAGUAAUACAUGGGUAGGAAAAAAAAGAAAAAGAAAAGAAAACAGAAAUGAACAACAGGAAAAAACAUAAACAGGAAAACAAAAAAUAAAAUGGCAAACUUAUAUCCUAACAUUUCAAUAAUUACAUUAAACGUAAGCAGUCUUCUUUAUUUGUAAUGGCCCUAAACUAAAAACAGUCAAGUUUCUCUCAAUGGGCAAAUGGUUAAACUCUAGUGUAUCCAUAUCGUGGAAUACUAUUCAGCAAUAAAAUGGGACAUACUAUGGAUACAUGCAAUCAUUUGGAUGGAUUUCAGUAGCAUUAAUCUCAGUAAAAAAGGCCAACCUCCAUGGGUCACACACUCUAUGACUCCAUUUUUAGACCAUUCUCUAAAGAACAAAAUGAUUGUGAUGAAAAACAGAUUAGGGGUUUCCAGGCUUUAGCACAGUUGAGAGGUGGUGGAAGGUGGGCAGGACCAUAAAAUAGUAGCACAAGAGAUCUCUCUCUGUGGUGCUAUAAACAACUCAUCCUGUUAUGGUGGUGGUGGUUAUAAACUCUACACAUAGGAGAAAAUGACACAGAACUAUGUAUACAUAGUAUACCAAUGUCAAUUUCCUGGUUUUUAAAUUGUACCAGAGUUAACAUAAGAUGUAACAACCAUAUACGGAAAUUAAGAGAAGGCUGUGUGGGGACUCUAUGUAUUAUUUUUGCAACUUACAGUGAAUCUAUAGUUAUUUUAAAAUAAAAAAAUUUUUUAAACAAUCUUGCAGCCUGGAUGCAGCAAUAAACAGAUCCUUGUACAUCUGCCAAGUACUAAUUUAUGAGUAAAUAUGACAAGCUGCAACCAUCCCGAAGAGCUAAGGCAUUUCAGGAGAAAGAGCACCUUGACCUCAGUUUACCAGACUAAUCUAAAAUUAUCCAUUGUUGAUCUUGUCACGGAAGAUGCUAUAAUAAUAAAAAGUAAAUGUAUGGCUUCUCUAUCCAUGUUUCAGGUUUUCUGGUGGUGAGUGGGCACAAGGAGCAAGUUGGGUGGGGGACCUUGAACCAGUGGGCUACUCUUCAUUUUUCUGGGUUUUCACCCCAACCCCUCCUGGCCCCAUGGAAACAAUGUGACUAAGCUGGAAUGAUAAAGGGGCCAGGCUUGGUAUAGAUAGAGAGGCUUAAUUUCAGCUGUUACCUAGAAGUGGGUCUGAGGUCCUGGCUAAGGGUAUAGCAAAGAAGAGAUGUGAGCAAGAGAGAUAAGAGUCACAUGAACAGGGACUGAAACCAAGGUCUACACAUGAUCCACAUAGGGCUCACUGCAGGUCACUGGACUCAGCUGCUCAUGGCCUGCUGAGCCAACGAUGUGAACAAUUCCUAGGGACACCUGAGUGGCUCAGUCGUUAAGCAUCUGCCUUCUGCUCAGGUCAUAAGGCCAGGGUCCUGAGAUCGAGCCCUGCAUCAGGUUCCCUGCUGGGUUGGAAGCCUGCUUCUCCCUCUCUCACUCCUUCUGCUUGUCUUCCCUCUCUCUCUGUGUCUCUGUCAAAUAAAUAAAUAAAAUAAUUUUUACAAGGAUAGUUCCUAAAUGCUGGGGCAAUGGUUAUACCACCAGUUGUUUAGUUCACCCCAGGUUUCAGCAACUUAGCUCUAGACACUGGGGUCUGAGCUCUGUUGUGUCUACAGUUACUCCUCCCCAAGCCCCUGCUUUCCCAAGAAGCACAAGAAGCAUGUUUCUGCACUCAGUGAUGAGGCUGAAGCUAUCAUUAUCAGAGUGAUCAUGUACAUGACAGAUUCCUAGCUUCUCAGCUGGUCAACAGCAAUGAUCUCUGAAGAGCAGGACUGAAGGAGCAGUCAUGAGGAGGAGAGACACUUCAAUUUCAGCCUCCACACUGUGGGUGCUUCUGAGGGUGUGACUCAUCGUCCUGCAAGAUCAUCAUCUAAUGGGAAUUUAUAGCUUCUUAUGGUUGGUUUUCUAAGCUCUUUGUCUUUCAUUAUUUUUCAAUGAAGAUCUAUAAAGAAAACUCUGACAACACUCAACUGUAGAACUUUGUGCCAAAAAAGAAAAUGCAUUUCCUUUUAAAUGUUACAUUUAAGUAAGCUAUACAAUUGAGAGAACAUUUCAGAAACUACAAAUACCCAGAUACAAUCAGGUCCCACAUAUAAGCUCUGCUUCACACCUAACAGUCUACUCUAUUCUAGCCCAGGGCCACUUAGCUUUGAUGAUACAGGGAGCAUUUCAGAGACCAGGGCUAGGGAAGGAUGGAAGGAUGCCUCUGGCCCCUUUGAAGGGGUGUGUGUGUGUGUGUGUGUGUGUGUGUGUGUGUGUUACCAGGUAUUUAUCCAAAGGAUACAAACAUAGUGAUUCAAAGAGGCACAUGCUCCUCAAUGUUUAUAGCAUCAAGGUCCACAAUAGCCAAAAUAUGGAGAGAGUCCAGAUGUCCGCCAACAGAUGAAUGGAUAAAAAAGAUAUUUUAUAUAAUAUAUAUAUAUGACUAUUACUCAGCCAUAGCAGAGAAUGAAAUCUUGCCCUUUGCAAUGAUGUGGAUGGGACCAGAGCAUAUUAUGCUAAGUGAAGUAAGUCAGUCAGAGGAAGACAAAUACCGUAUGAUUAUACUCAUAUGUGGAAUUUAAGAAAUAAAACAGACAAACAUAGGGAAGGGAAGGAAAAAUAAAGUAAGAUGAAAAUUGAGAGGGAGACAAACUGGAAGAGAAUCAACACUCGGAAACAAACUGAGGGUAGCUGGAGGGGAGGUGGCGGGGGAAUGUGGUAACUAGGUGAU